AUGAAUCGAAGGAUUGCAACGCCAACUACUCCGGCUUGCUUCCUUACUAUUGGUAGCAUCACCUCUUUACGGUUCGAAUUGAACCAUAAAGCUAUGGUAAUCACCAUGAAAGACAGAAGCAAGAAUCGAAAGCCGCUGCAAAAGGGUAGGAAUCUGAGCAUCGAAGCAAUUCAAGCGGUGCAGGCGUUGAAGCGAGCCAACCGUAACACUUAUAACAGUUCAUUAUCGGAAUUGGAGCGCGUCUUUGACUCCAAGUUCCGGCGCUUAUUAAAGUUCGAUAUGAUGGCUGUUCUCCGGGAACUCCUCCGCCAAAACGAAUGCCUUUUGGCUCUCAAGGUUUUCGACGAUAUUCGAAAGGAGGUAUGGUACAAGCCUCAGGUGUUGUUAUAUGCUGAUAUGAUUGCAGUGUUUGCCAGCAAUGGGUUGUUUAAAGAGGCUGAGCUUGUGUACUCAUAUUUGAAAACAGAAAGAAGUUUAGAUCCUGAUAUCAUGGGUUUCAAUGCUCUAUUCAAUGCUUUGAUAAGUUUUAAGCUCACUCACCUUCUGAUGGAUUGCUAUGGGUUGAUGAGAGCUGUUGGGUGUGAACCGGAUAGAUCAUCGUUUAGAAUACUCAUAAAUGGUUUGGAAUCGAUAGGCAAAACGAGUUUUUCAGCAAUUUUAAGACAGGAUGCUCAGAAAUGUUAUGGUGAAUCUUUGGAGUUCUUGGAGGAGGAAGAAGAGGUUACAGCUCGCUAUUAACUGAUUUGGUCGGACUAUUGAUUAAUCAUUGUUUGUAAGAGGUCUGGAGCCAUCUUUCUUGGGACCGUAUGUUAAACUAGUUGAAUUUAAGAUAGAGAUUGCUUGCCGGGGUUGUUUUUGUAUGUUACCUAGUAUCUAUAGGUGUUAUUUUGGUAGAGCAAUCUUAUUUGUCUUGGAAAUAAGAUGCCAAUUACUAGCAUUUCUCUUUCUGUGAAGUAAUACUACCAGUUUUUGCAGAUCCCAUGUUUUUGCUACUUAUCAGUCUAUUCUUUAGUUGUUAUCCCAGCCUCUCAGCCUCAUGAAUCAACUUUUGCUUUGUGCUGGUAGAGCCUUGUUGGGAUAGGUGCCCUUUGGUGGGCAUUCCACAUAGCUGAUUUCCAUAUUUUGCGGCUAACUAGCUUACUACUACUGUGGAAGCAAACUAUGCGGUGCAGCAUCUAGAAAGACACCCUAAAGCAAGAUCAGAGAAUUCAAAGUGGGAUUUAUAUAACAUUGCUCUUAAAUAAGUAUUAUACAUUGCAUAGAUAAUUUGCUCUCUAAUGACUAUAUUAUAAAGUGACAAAACUGGGACCUUCUAUUCUUGUUUCUUUUACCGUUUUCUUCUACAACUUUUUCUUUUCUUUUGACUAUUAUGCUGAAUCCUUGGCAUAACUGGAGAUGUUCUCACUUCUCUCUCUAACUCGUUGGUUUUGAAC